AUGUAGAAUUUCUUUUCUCUUUUCUAAGAAUCCAAUAGGUUUGCUCCUACGAAUUAAUAGGUUUUAUAAUACAAAAAAACAGUUAAAGUAAUACAAUUCUUUAAGAAUAUAUAAAGACCUUAUAAAAUGCACAAAAUAAGACUUUAGAAUUGUAUGUAAUUUCAAAAAGGUGGAUUCGUUAAUGGAAAUAAUAUAUGCAAUAUGAUGAAAUCUAAUAUUUGAAUUAAAGUUAAUAAAAAGUAAAUAUACACUUUAAAUUAAAAGCCUGGACCAAUUAAUUCAGAUUUAAAAUCAAAUGAAGUUUUUUUAUUCAAUUAUCCAAAUAAUCAUCUCUAUAAUUAAAAAAUAGUGAAAUUAGAUCCAGAAGACUAUGUUUUAGUAAGUUAUGGACUUUAAUAUUAGGUGGAAAGUGAUUUGAUGGAUAUGUGGAAGUAAGAAUUUGGAUUUGACUUAAUUAUAAAUAGAUAGAUCACUUUUAAUGAAAAGUCUUAACCCAUUUCAAAUAUCAAUUUAAAAAGAGUAUAAAUCUAUUCAAUAAAUUUAAUAGCAAGAAAUAUAUUUCAAAAUUUAAAAUUCUAUUAGAGGUAUUAUUUAGGUAGAUGAAAGGUGUUAAAUAAAAUAAUGGAUUUAAUUGAUAAAUUCAGCAUUGAAAAAAGAAUAUUAAUUAAAUUUUGAGAAUAUUAGAUUAUGGAAACAUAAGCAUUAUGCUGCUGAUUAAGCUAUUAGGCAAUUAGAAUAAUAUAAUAAUAAAUUCAAUGGAUAAAUAUUGGAUGAAUGUUUAAGUGUUGGAUAAUAUGUAGCUGAUCUAAUAAUUAUUGAUAUUUAAUAGAAUGGAAAAUGGUAAUAUGAAUAGUUAGAUUUGAAAGUAAAAUUAGAUUUUAUAUAUUAGAUAUCCUGUAGAGAUGAAUUUACUUAUUUAUUCAAUAAGGCUUAUAAAGGAUGUGGUAGAUUUUAUUGUGAUCGAAAUUAUUGCCAUGAUAAUCCAAUAUUUGCUGAAUAUUAAUUUGAAAAGGCUAGUCUACAAGAAUUUCUUAUUGAGUCUUUUAAGGAAAAUAGUAUAGAUUGGACAGAAGUUUGCUGGAAUUCUGAUUAAGAAUUAAAACCAAUUUAAAAAAUUACAAAAGAUUUUAAAAAAUAAAUUAACGAACUCUCAAAAUAACCAAAUAGUUUUGGAGCCUCAUUUAUUUAAGAUUUUAAUGGUUCUUAUGAAUCAAUAUGCAAUAACAAUCUGAGAUUAAAUAUUGAAAUGGUGAAUGAAAUAAAUAAGUUCAUUGAUUACAAAACACUAAAAGAUUGGAUAAACAAUCUAUACAAAUUGAAGAAUAAAAGCCCAUUAAAAUUGCGAUCAGUAUUUAUAAUUUUUCAUUUUAAUUGUUUUGAUUAAAUUAUAACUGAAUAAUAUUCAAAUGAGUUAUUUGAUUUUGUAUUCUAAUUAGAUAAAGAAAGCAAAAACACAUUGUCAAAAUAUUUGACUUAACUUCCAAAUUAGCAAUUCAAUAAUAUAGUUGAAACUUUAAUUAAAAAUUUGGCAACAUUUGUUUAUAAAUAGUCGUCUUAAUUCAUUUAAUUAUUAUAAAAAGAAGAUAUCAAAUAUUUAAGGGAUUAACUUGAAUUGUUAUAAAUAUUUUAAUAAUCUAAUGAGAAACUUAGAAGAAUUAAUAGCGAUAAAUUUAUUAUGAAAGAAGUUACAAAACUUUAUCCAUAAAAAGGCGAUUUAAUGGAGUAUAGAUAAUUUGUUAGUUUUAUCAAUUAAUAGUAUGAGAACUAUUAUUUCACAUUUUGUCAAUAUUCAUGGAUAAUUCCAAUAGAGUUUAAAUAAUAAAUUUUAACUUUGGAUUCAAGAAUUAAUUAAAGAAAUUAAGGCGACUUUUUUUUAUAGCAAAUAGGAUUAGCCCCUUCUAUAUAAUUGUUGAUAGAUAGAAAUGAUAUAGUGAAUAAUGCAUUAGAAUAACUAUCAAAGCCAGGAUUAAAUCUAAAGUCUAAAUUAUUAAUAGUAUUUAAAGGAGAAGAAGGGAUAGAUUAAGGGGGUUUAACAAGAGAGUUUUUCUCAUUAUUAACUCAAAAGCUUUUUGACAUAUAAUUUACAAUGUUCGUAACUAGAAACAAUAAUACAGUUUUAUGGUUUAAUAAAUAUCAUUUAGAAAUGCCUAUAAAAUUUGAAUUAAUAGGAAUGCUACUAGGUUUGGCUCUGUAUAAUUAAGGUAAAAAUAAUAAUUAAAAUUAUUAGUAUUACUGGAUAUAAGUUUUCCUUAGUUAGUUUUUAAGAAGUUAAUGAAUGAGGAAGUUUUAUUUGAAGAUUUGAAAGAAUUAGAUUUAGAAACAUAUAAAUCAUUAAUGUAUUUAAGUGAAUAUGAUAAAGAUGAUAUUGAAAAAGUUUUUGCAUUAAAUUUUUCAAUUACCGAAUAUGAUAUUUGGGGAUAAGCAUAAAAUAUUGAUUUAAUAGUAAUAAUAAUAAAAUUAAUUUAUAGUAAAACGGAUCAUAAAUAGUAGUCACAUAAAAAAAUAAAUACGAAUAUAUAAAAGCAUGUACAGAUUAUUAUUUAAAUAAAUCAAUCGAGAAAGAGUUUUAAUUUUUUUAUAAAGGAUUUUGGAAGGUUGUGGAUGGAUAUGGAAUAAAAUUGUUAAAGGGAUCAGAGUUGCAAACGAUGAUUUUGGGACAAAAACAUAUAGAUAUGAUAGAAUUAGAAUAAUCUACUAAAUAUGAAGGUUAUGAUAAGAAUUCUGAUUACAUCCAAACAUUUUGGGCAUUUAUACAUUCAUUGGAUGAAUAAUAAAAGAAAAGAUUUUUAUUUUUUUGUACAGGAUCAGAUAGAGUUCCAGUUGGAGGAUUAAAAUCUUUGAAAUUCGUUAUAUAAAAAUAUGGUGAAGGUAUAGAUUAUAUAUUUAUGUGUAGAAACUGAACAAUUGCCAUCUGCACAUACAUGUUUUAAUGUAUUUUAAUUGCCUGAAUACGAUUCAGUAGAAAAAAUGAUCGUAAAAUUGCAGAUCGCUUUUGAAAAUAGUGAAGGAUUUGGAUUAAUAUGA